AGCGCGGAGCGGAAGUGCCGGAGUUGCCGCCCGCUCCCGCUGCCGCCGCCGCCGUGUGCGGGGCAAAGUUGGGCUCCGUCGGGGCGGCGGGGCCGGGCUGCGCUUCCUCCUCCCGCUCCAGCCUCCUCGGGCUCCGAUGCGGCGGAAGCAGAAGCGGUUGCUGCAGGCGGUGGGGCUGGCGCUGGCCGCCCUCGUCUUCUUACCCAACGUGGGGCUUUGGUCCCUCUACCGAGAGCGGCAGCUGGAGGGCGGCGGGGCAGCCGGCGGGGAAGGGGCUGUUGCUGCUGCUGCCGCCGCGGGGCCGCCGGGGGUAGCGGCCGGCGAAGCGCCGGUAUCAUAUGUGAGGCAGAAGAAAGACCCUUACUUUGGUGAUGGACAAAGGAAAAAGGACUGGCAUAACAAAGAAGCUAUAAGGAGGGACUCUGAGCGUGUAGGAAAUGGAGAACAGGGAAAACCUUACCCAAUGACUGAUGCAGAGCAAGUGGACCAGGCAUACAGGGAAAAUGGCUUUAAUAUCUUUGUGAGUGAUAAAAUUUCUCUGAAUCGUUCCCUUCCAGACAUCAGACAUCCAAACUGCAAGAAUAAGCUGUACCUGGAGAAGCUCCCAAACACCAGUGUGAUAAUACCAUUCCACAAUGAAGGAUGGUCUUCCCUCCUCCGAACAGUGCACAGCGUCCUAAACCGCUCCCCGCCUGAGCUGAUAGCAGAGAUAGUGCUGGUGGAUGACUUCAGUGACAGAGAACACCUGAAGAAACGCCUGGAGGAUUACAUGGCCCAGUUCCCAAAUGUAAGAAUCCUCCGAACCAAAAAGAGAGAAGGGCUCAUAAGGACUCGGAUGCUGGGGGCCUCUGUGGCCAUAGGGGAUGUCAUCACCUUCUUGGAUUCCCAUUGCGAGGCCAACGUGAACUGGCUGCCGCCUCUGCUAGAUCGCAUUGCCCGAAACCGCAAGACUAUCGUUUGCCCUAUGAUUGAUGUUAUUGAUCAUGACCACUUUGGAUAUGAGACUCAGGCUGGAGACGCAAUGCGAGGUGCAUUUGACUGGGAGAUGUAUUACAAGAGGAUCCCUAUUCCUCCUGAGUUACAGAAACUUGAUCCCAGUGAUCCCUUUGAGUCUCCUGUAAUGGCUGGAGGACUGUUUGCAGUCGAUAGAAAGUGGUUCUGGGAGCUGGGAGGGUAUGAUGCAGGUCUGGAGAUAUGGGGAGGAGAGCAGUAUGAAAUAUCCUUUAAGGUAUGGAUGUGUGGAGGUCGCAUGGAGGACAUCCCUUGCUCUAGAGUUGGUCAUAUCUACAGAAAAUAUGUUCCAUACAAGGUUCCAACGGGAGUCAGCCUGGCCAGAAACUUGAAGCGGGUGGCAGAGGUGUGGAUGGAUGAGUACGCAGAGUACAUCUACCAGCGCAGACCAGAGUACCGGCACCUUUCUGCAGGGGAUGUCGCGGCUCAGAAGGAGCUUCGCAACAACCUCAACUGUAAAAGCUUCAAGUGGUUCAUGAACGAGGUCGCUUGGGACUUGCCAAAGUUCUACCCACCAGUGGAGCCUCCAGCAGCUGCUUGGGGAGAGAUACGCAAUGUAGGAACUGGACUGUGUGUGGAUACUAAGCAUGGAGCCUUGGGAUCCCCACUGAGGCUGGAAAACUGCGUGAAGGACAGAGGAGAGGCAGCAUGGAACAACGUGCAGGUAUUCACCUUCAGCUGGAGAGAAGACAUCCGUCCCGGGGAUCCUCAGCACACCAAGAAGUUUUGUUUUGAUGCCAUUUCCCACAGCAGCCCUGUGACCCUCUAUGACUGUCAUGGAAUGAAGGGGAACCAGCUCUGGAGAUACCGAAAAGACAAGACCCUCUACCAUCCAGUAAGCAGCAGCUGUAUGGACUGCAGUGAGAGUGACCGAAAGAUCUUUAUGAAUAGCUGCAAUCCCUCAUCUCCAACACAGCAGUGGAUAUUUGAACAUACAAACUCAACCAUCUUGGAAAAAUUUAACAGAAAUCUUGAUCUUUAAGAGACUGAGAAAAUACAUAUAUAUAUAUUUUACAAUUAUAGUUUUUACUGGGGAGGGUUACAAAAACUUUUUUUAAGAGUACUUUUUUUUAAACAGUGAAUGAAGGUAAAAGGGAGACUCUCAGGAGAAGGUUAACUAGCAGGCCAGGCUUUAUUGUGAAGAUGCUGCAUCCUUCUCUUCUGGGGAUGGUGGAAUGUUAAAGGCUUUGCCAGAGCCACUUCUGUGCUGGGAUUGAACUGAAACUCUGUUUUUAGAGGAGUCUGAAUGCGAUUCAGAUUGCUUUUUGUUUGUUUUAUUUCCUACCUGGGUCUGGUGUUAAAUGAUUUUGUUAUCCAGGACCCUCCAGGACUCUUUGUAGCUGCUAUAAGGGAGGCCAUGAGGGAAGAUCAUGAGGGGACAGGAGGGGUGGCCAUGAGGGGAGAUCAUGAGUUGAGAGCAAGGGAAGCCAUGGGAUGUGAGGGGUCACUAUGAGGGUUGAGGGGCAGUCAUGAGGGGAGAGCAGGGGCAGCCAUGGGACAUAAGAGUGGCCAUGGGAGGUAGGGGCAGCAGCUAUACAGUGUGGGCUGCUAUGGGGGGUAGAUGAGGGGUGGCUGUGGGUGGAGAUCAUGAGGGGCAGCCGUAAGGGGAGAUCUUGAGGGGAGAUCAGUUUGCCCUUAGUGACAUGGUUUAGUGGUGAGCUUGGCAGUCCUGGGGAUUUGAUGAUCUUAAAGGUCUUUUCCAACCUAGUUGAUUCUAUACCACCCACUGAAGCAUUCCCACAGAGGUGCUUUAUCUUCCAAAGUCCAUGUAAGUAAAAUCUUGAAGAUUUAAUCCUCCCAUCAAAAGAAAGGGCCAUCAAAAUAUAAAAUUAAUUUUUUUUUCCUUGCCCUAAACCAAAAUAUAUUUCAAACAGGUGAAUAUUAUCACUUUCCACAUCGCAGCUCUGAUAAAAGAAUGAGCUCUAGUGGAAGUGCAGCCAGGUGUUGGGAAUAGCACUGUAGUUAUUAGCGAUGAGGAAUCUGGCUUUCUGGUCCAUUCACUUUGCAGUCAGUUUGUCACUCACUGUUGAAUCUUCAAGGUGAAAGAUGAGCAGCAGAGGGGUUUGAAGUAAGCACAGUUCUUACAGGUGAAGAUUUUUGCUAAGAGCCUUUGGAUAUCAGGUUCCAAAUUUGCCUCUUAUUCAGAAUCUUUUUAGCAUGGACACCUCUAGAGUUUUUCAGAGUUUAAUCUAUUACAUGAAGGCAACUUCCAUUUUUCCUUUAGAGGUUUGAAAGCUAACUUAAUUCACAGUUGGUGUGAGCAGAUUAGUUCAGGAUAAUUAAGUCAGGGCUGAAAUUAGCUGUUGGUCUUUAUCCAUUUGUUCAUCAGUGUGCGGUUUGUUGCAGUGGUGAGUCCUGUGGUCGCUAGUGUUCUAGGCUUGUGCUAUUAAUCUCUCCUCUUUUCCUAGCAUCCACAGCACUGUACAGUUUACUGUGGCUGGAAAUCUGUUUGCUUAAGCAGAGAUGUGGGAUUGAUGUGCCCGUUUCACUGGUACCCUAACCUCCAGUUAGCUGUGCAAGGUGUUACCCUUCUGGUUUGGCUGCAGGAUGUGCCAGACACUGAACCAGAAUAAUCUCAUCCCAGGAGGGGUGUCUUUCUCAUGUGAAGGCAAAGAGAUUUCUGCCUAGUGUCAAGAAACAAGCAGGCUGGCUCCCUCUGCAGAGCUCCAGAAGAAAGAAGCCCUUUCUGAUGUUGCCAAUUGUAGGACCAUUGCCCACGUUUCAGAUGUCUUUGAGGCCAUGUAGUGCCGCGUCUGUCAACUGGGAGCAAACUAGGACACAACUAUCUGCUUCUCAAGCCUGAUGUGUUGACUGUGAGGCUCAAAAUCAUUCCCACCUCUCUCAUCCUCACAGCUGAGGCCCCGUGCCGACUUGGUACAUGCACUCAUGAAGCAAGGGGAACAUGGGCACUGCAUUACAGCGGGGACCAGGCUUGCCAAAUGCAUUGGUGUCUAAUGUUUUUGGAGUGAAAAAAGGCUCUAGGCUUUCCUUGUGACAGUUGUACAGCAGUAUUGCUAUGGAAGUGAGACCAGCAUCAAACAGAGUUGACAUCUUGUGUUCUCAGUAACUACAAUAUGUCUGUUAUUAGGAUCCCUUUUCAUUUCUGUGGGAGACAGAGCCACUUCCCAGUGCUUUGUGUCUGAUUGUUGCUUUCCUUAAGUUAUUAAUGGUCUCAUUAGUCUGCUAGUGCUGACUAUGGAUCACUAGAUGGCCUGACUAGAUGUCUUUAUGAAUGUUUGAAUACCUGUGGAACAAGAAGCUGUCCAGUGCUAGUUUUUUACAAGUGGGACACAAUCAGCAGAUUAUAGGAAUGGACUGUAGGUCAUUCUGCUUGCAGCUUGCAACUGUGUGUGUCUUAGUUUCCUAAUGAGAGGAUUAGCUUCCGUUUGGGAAAUGCAUGGCUUGCUUUGUACUUGGGCUCACCUGGUGCAGAGAGUCCUCGCUGCUUGGCUUGCUGGGUGCUUGCUUCAGAGAGCUGUGGUAAGGAACAGGUCUUUUACCACUUAGUGGUCUUAAUUUGGAGGGAAAGGAAAGCUCUUAGCAGUUGGCACUGAAAGAUUAGAUAAUUGUUGAGGCAAUUCCUGUUGUCAAAACCAACCACCAGGACGUGGAAACAGGAGCUUCUGUGAGAGUGGCCCUCCUGGGUCCUUCUCAGUACGGUUCAUCUGAUCUGUUCUCUGACGGUUUGGGAUCUGAGUGUGAGCAGUGCCUCGCAAAUUCUGACUGGCUCACUGGGCUUUGAGCUAUUAAUUUAUUUACAUUAAUUAUACUUUUCAAUACCCUAGAGGCUUCGCUGACUAAUAAGAAGACUUAAUUUAACCAACCAUCCACUGAUUGAGAAAUAGAGGCUGUAUUUCAUCAUCUACAUCUUUAAUUGAGCCUUUACUGGUUAAUUAUUCCAAUUACUUUUGGUUAUUUGUAAGCAGAAUUGCUAAAGCAUGAACACAUAAGCCAAUCUUCACAUCUGCAUGCAAGUCAAGACUGGAGAUUAAAUAUGCAAAAUAAAUGUUUUCAUAUCUUUCCCCCCAAAAGUAUUCAAACUCUCCCCAUGGCUGCAUAAAUUCUGCUGCUUUUAAGUAUCAGAAUCCCAGACAACAGGGGGAUCCCUGGAGGUGUGUUAUGUUGCAUGAUAAUACUUCGAUUUGCUCUUGAAGCUGUUGUUGAUUUAAUACUGGUGCUAAUCUCUCAGGCCUACAGAUAGAGUAAUAGGUUUGGGGCUCUGAUGUGUGCAAGGUGGCUUUUUUCAUGCCUGGGAAAUUAACUUUCUUUUCCACACCAUAAUAGAAGAACGUGUGAGCCUUACUGAAAGGGGAAUUCAGCAUCAUUAAAAUAAAGAUGUGCCUUUUAAAAUGUAAAUGUACAGCAAAUGCUUAAACUUGAACCAUUUCCUAGUGCCUUGCUGGACAAGAAAGGAGAGAGGAAGAGGUUGGGAGAUAAGGAUGUCAGAGAAAGCUUGACUCGUGCAGUGUUUGUGUUUGUGUGUGUUUUCUAGUAUGUCCAACUUGAAAGUGCAAGAUCUGUGUGAACGACAGUAAUUCUGAAGCUCUGGGGUUUCCUUUGUUAAAUCAAUACCAGUAAUGACUCGGGGAAGGGGGAUGUCACUCCUAGUAGAAAGACUUGGAAAGGAUGGCAGCUUCUUCUUGGUACGCUGUAACAACUAAAGCUAAACCAGGGGACGUCUUGGUUAGCUGUUGGAUGUUUCACCUCAUGGUGAAGGCUCAUGCAUUUCACCAGCAUGCAAGAUCCUGCAUUUUAUUUUCUGAGUAUCCAAAUCAGAAAUCACAAACAGUCCCAAAGGCAUUAUAAAGCCACUGGAUCUACGUGGCCUUAAAUCUACUAGUCCAACUCUAAAAUCCUAAUCCAAAUUAGUGAGCAAGCAAAUGUGAACUUCAACCACAAAACAAGAUAAAAACUGAUCAAACUAAUAGACUAAAACAUUGUGAUACCAAUAACAAAUAGCUGUAGCCUCUAGGGUGGAGAAGGGAAUUGGUUUCAAAAUGCAUUCUCCAGGAUCUCGGUGAUAGGUUUGUCUAUUCCUUGUACUGCAUGCGUUUUAUCUGUAAAACUGGAUGGUGCCUCUUGAAUCAGUGUAUAUUUAUUUUGUGCAUAUUAGGACAAACAGCCUAAUAUCUGGGGGUGGUAAAGGACUUGUAGCACUUUAAUGUAGUAGCUUUCAUAAACUGGGAAUCAUUGAUAGAAUGCCUAGUGUUUUUAAAGUUGAAUGGACUUCCUUUUAUAAUAUAUUUAAAAUAAAUUUUUAAUGUGUUUUCUGAA